CUUAUAUUGGAAUUGUAAAUCAAACAGAUGGGGGCACUGAAACAUGAACAGAAAAAAUAAAAAAUGAAUGGUGUGUUGCUCAACAAGUCCCCACAUCCGACUGGGAGAAAAAGCAAAAAAGAAAAUGAAUCACUCUGUCCAAAGGACAGCACGUUUCGACGUGGGCCAGAUUCGAACUGACGCUCCCGAAGGAACAAGAUUUCUAGUCUUGCGCGAUAACCACUCCGCCACCACGCCAUUGAGGAUGAAUAAUUUUAAUCCAUAAAAGUUUAUAUACUAAAUCAACACACGGAAAACGUAGAAUGACUUGCUACAGGGACUUUCGAACCGCAAAGUAGAGAGGCGUGGGACC